UGAUUUAGUAAAAUAUCUAAAUAUGUAUUAAGAUAACUAAACUUAAUAUAUUUUAGAUUUAAAAAUAUCUCGGCUUUCUAUAGGCACAUCAUACACAUGUUGGCGAUAGGCAAUAAAGGGGUAUAAAUGUCAACGUGUACAUAUCUUGUGUGCAUACUUACCAUUCCUUGUUUUCUCUUUUUUUAUUUCAGUAAAAAUAAAGAAAAAGAUGAAAUGAUCCAUUAGCCUUUAUAUUAUAAAAAUUGUUAUAAAAAACAUUAUAUGAUGGAAUCACAACAACGAAGUGCUCAGACACUAAAAUACAUUAGUUUAAUUACACUUACAUUACAAAAUGCCCUGGUUGGGCUUAGUAUGCGUUAUGCACGUACAAGAUCAGGAGAUAUGUUUCUUUCAUCAACUGCGGUAGUUAUGGCGGAGGUUGUUAAACUUUUAACAUGUCUAAUAUUAGUUCUUGUUGAAGAAGGAAACUUUCCAAAAUUUUUUGAUGCCCUAAAGUCAACAAUCAUAAAACAGCCUGUUGAUACUCUAAAAGUAUCUGUGCCAUCACUUCUAUAUGUUGUACAGAAUAAUCUUUUAUAUAUAUCAGCAUCUAAUUUAGAUGCAGCAACUUAUCAGGUAACAUACCAAUUAAAAAUUUUAACAACAGCAUUUUUUGCUGUGGUAAUACUACGAAAGUCUUUAAAGAAUACUCAGUGGGGAGCUCUAAUAUUAUUAGUCAUAGGUGUAGUAUUAGUACAACUAGCACAAAGUUCAGAUACUGCUUUACCAUCUGGUAUAGAACAGAACCAUUUACUUGGAUUCUCAGCUGCCUUAAGUGCAUGUUUUUUAUCAGGGUUUGCAGGGAUAUACUUCGAAAAAAUACUAAAAGAUUCAGAUAUAUCAGUAUGGAUGAGAAAUGUUCAAUUAAGUUUACUAUCAUUACCUUUUGGAUUAAUUACAUGUUUUGUAAAUGAUGGUGAAAUUUUACGAAAACAAGGUUUCUUUUUUGGCUAUGAUCUAUUUAUUUGUUAUUUAAUUGUACUUCAAGCAGGUGGAGGUCUUAUUGUUGCAAUGGUAGUUAAGUAUGCAGAUAAUAUACUUAAAGGUUUUGCCACCUCUUUAGCCAUUAUUAUUUCUUGUAUAGCUUCUAUAUAUCUUUUCGAUUUUAACUUGAGUUUCCAGUUUUCUUUAGGUGCAAUUUUAGUAAUAUGUUCGAUUUUUAUGUACAGUCACCAACCAAAAUCGACAUUUAUCGAUAAACAUUCUCGAAGUGAUAAAGUUUAAUAUAAAUUAAACUAAACUUAUUUGUAAGAUGAAAGUGAUAUUUCCCAAUUCAGCAAGUGUUUUAACAUGUUCAUUCAACAACAUAAUUUAAUACAUUUCUUCCAUAUAAAAUGGGAAUUUCUCUCUCAUAUGGUUUACAUAUUAGUAUAUAUGUUAUCACAUACUUUAUCAGUAUUCUAUUAUACUUUUUAACAAGAGGUAUAAUGGAAUUGCUCAAAUACAUAGAAUCGAUCGAAGAAUAGAAUCAAUAAAAUUGAUUUCCUAAUAUUAAUCAUGAUCAAUAAUAUAAUUAAUUGAUAGUUCAGAAUAUUUUCAUAAGAAAAUACAAUUUACUAAUAGACCAUAUGCUAGAGAGAAAUAAGAAUAUAUAAAUACAUUAUUGAAUAAAUUCUAUGUUAAAAUUAACUAAGAUCAAGUAAGCAUAUAUUUAUAUCAAAUUAAAAAAUUACAUACAUCAAUAUAUAAAAAUAUUCCAUCUAAAAUAUAUCUUAAAAAUUGAGAUAUAUUUUUAGAGUAUUAUAUACAAAUAAUUUUAAUUAGAAUGCAUAUAAAAAACAAUAAGAUUGUUUCCUUUUAAUUUAUAUAUUUUUAUACAAUGUUACAAUGUUUGAUUAUAGAUAUAAGUAUACAUAUGUAUCAACAAAACUGAAUUCACUAUUAUUGUACUUAAGUUUUAAUAAAUAUGUCUUAUAAUGCA